UAAUUGGGCAAAAUGUAACGCCUGUGUUCUAUUUAGGUGGAGGAAGUGAACUUCGUUACAGAGGCGUAUUGUAAAGACGGACAAUGGAGCAGUACCCAGCCGUCCGUGCGGGAGACAUUUGUAGGCAGUUCGUGAACGGCUACUGCAGAUUUGGGUCAAGGUGUCGUUAUCUUCAUGAUUGUUCAGUGAUGCCGUCAACACAAAUAUGCAGAUACUUUCAGAAAGGUGCAUGCUGGUAUGGUGACGGCUGCAGAUAUCUCCAUGUCCUUCAGUCUGAUGGUGAUGCAGCUGUUGCCAGUAGAAGGGGUUCAGCACCCCACAUCCACUCCUCUUGUGUUGGAAAUGCACUGCCCGGCCGACGAGGGUCUGAGCCCGUGCUCUCUCAAGCCCAAACGGUGUCCAGCCAAGCGCACAGGGCUUCUGUAUUUAAUGUUUCACAUCUGACGACAACGAACGUCUUUGAGGAGCGGUCAAGAGCGCAUCUACCUCAGCAGGGUGCUGAAUCUAAUCUAAAAGCUCUCCAGGAAUCGCAGAGCUCGGCGACUGAAGCAGGUGCAUCAGAUGGCAGCAGUCGGCAGGAGACUUUAUUGGAUAAGACUGCAGAGGUUGGUGCUGCGGCUUUCUCCUCUCCUGACCAGAGACAAACUGAGGCCUUCCUCCAGAGUAAAGAUGUGACCUGUAGCAUCUGCAUGGAGAAGGUCUAUGACAAGACAAGUCCAGAGGCACGCCGCUUCGGCAUCUUGCCAAACUGCAAUCAUUCUUACUGUUUAGAAUGCAUUGUUACCUGGAGGAAAACUAAGGACUUGCAAGAGGAAGUAAUAAAGAGCUGCCCACAGUGCAGAGUGAAGUCUGCUUUUUAUGUCCCUUACAAAUACUGGGUUGAAGGCCAGGCAAAGGAAGCCCUCAUUACUACCUUCAAAGAGAAAUGCAGUAAAAGAAGAUGUGUUUUUUAUACACGACGUGGAGACUGCCCUUUCAAGUCUGAAUGCAUUUAUUGGCAUGAUAAAUCUCAAUGGCGCCGCACAUCGCAGUUGUUUCUGUUCUGUCAUUAUCACCAGAGUCGUACGGAGGAUGUAGAAAACUUGGACGGUCAACAACUACUUGAUUUUGUCAUUGCCAUGACCCUCCUCUGGGACUUGGAGGACGACGAUGACAAGGAGGAUGACUCUGAUUUCGUCCUAAUCGAGUUCUUCUUAGUGUCAUAG